AGGACACACACGUACACACGUCCGUUGAAUUCUUUCGAGAAAGAACAUUAUUUAGCGCCUAAGUAAAUGAAAUUUCAAGGCAAAAUGUGCAUGUGAAUGUACAUUUUCUUUUUACUAUAAUGUCUCGGUGUUUAUAGUUCACGGCUCGAUGGAGAGAUAAGAGUAGUCCCCCUGGCGGUCAAAAUUGGAACUGCUGCCUUUUUGACUUUCUUGAACAUGUGAUGUGGUGCAAAGACGUGAAAAAACUAGUCCUUGAUUGGCUUUCUGAUCGACGAGUCGACAACUUUUGAGAUUAACAUCUCGUUGUUUUUUUUUAUCGAUAAAAUUGGGUUCACGUGUUUAAGGAUCCAACAUUAAAUCAUUUCCUACAGUGCCAUUGAACAUUCAGCAGUUUCUCUCCUAAACGAGGAAGGUACGAGAGGGGAGGAGGAAAAAAAAAAGAGGAACGUUAUACGAAGGAGAUCGAUGAUGACGUCAAAGAGCCCCCCUCGUCACAUGACUUUUAACUAGAGGGAGCCGUGAUACACAAGGAGGAGUCUCGUGCUUUUCAAGUUUUCCAAUAGUGGGGCGUGACGUUAGCACGUGAAGCCACCUCCCACUCUCCUUCACAUCCACCUUACACGAAACAUUUAGAAAAAAAACUCGACCGAAAUCGGGUGGGGAAAGUGCCUGGACAAAAUCAAAUUGGAACACACGAGAUUUUUACAACCGGCGGGCCAUUUCCUCCGGACAAGAAAAAAACAAAACAAAACACAUCAGAAAGGGGAGUGAAAAAAAAAAAAAAUCUUGAUAGAUUUGAAGACCCAAAGAAGCGAGAAAGAGAAAAAAAAAUACAAGUCGAAGAGAUCAACCCUCUAAAACCUAAACAACCGAUGGGCAACAAGACCCGUACGAGACGCACCAAAUGGAGGCGGCUCUCGCUAGGCGAUGCCUCAGGUCCUGAGGAGGAAGACGACGAGACUCAGCCACAAGAACAACAAGAGCCCGAAGAGUUGAGACAGAACGUAGUAGUGCUGCCCUCUGACGAGAAAGAGCAAUCCGUUUGCGUUGAACACGACAAGAAAUCAAAGUUCGCCUCUGCCGUCGUCGUGACGACCACAGUGAACAACAACAACAACAACAGCACAGCAUCAGCAUCUUCGGACGGCGGUGCCAACUGCGCAUCAUCCGGCCGCGAAGAAGAGCAGACGAAAUCAGCGAUGAUGGUCUCCAAUCACAGCAAUCAACGCGGCCCGGCGUGGAAAUUGCCGGCCAGCAAUUCACAGCCGGUCAAGAACGGCUAUUACAAUGUCAACAAUGGCUACCAGUCGAACAGCGGCCGGCCAACUGGCGGCUCUUCCAACGCUCCAUCGGCGGCCAACGGCUUCCGUCGCGCCAACAACGGCCCGUCUGCGCGCUACAACUCGUUCAACGGCACCUACGGCAACAACGGCUACGGACGGGCCAACUCGUGGAACAACGGCUCUUCCAACGGCUACGCCAACGCAGAUCACCACCAUCAUCACGGCGCGCCUGGAUUGAGCAAAAUGCACGGCAUCGAGAAAAAGAUUUUCAAUGACGAGGAGUACACGAAGAUUUCUACGCCACGUCAAGAGGUUCUCUUCAAGAAGGGAUCGAUCGGCGCUAAAAAGAAGCUCUCGACGACGACGAGCGCACCGCCAGUCGGUUCCAGCGUGCACGCGGACAGCGAGCAAGACAGUCUCAACGGCAACGCUGCAUCGCCCGUCUCGCCCUCGCAAGGCGAUUCUGCUGAUCCAUUUCAAUACAGCGGCAAUGACAGUGGCUCGAAUGGCGAUGCGUCUUCCACAGCGGGCGAAUCAGCCGCACCUUGCGAUGCGGCCAUGGCCGCCGCUUCCGGAGCGGCGCUUCAAACCGGCUAUGCUGACGGCACACCACUCGUCUGUUUCCCAAUGUACGAUUUCUACGGUGGAUACGGUGGCAUGUACCCUGGCAGCAUGUUGGUGCAGACUUAUCCUGGCGGACCGAUCGUGGCGGCUGUGCCCGUCCCGAUGCCCGUCCAAACAAUCGAUUGGUACGGAGGAGCUGGCGGUGCAAGGGCCGCGUCCAACGGAGAUGCAACCAAUGGCGGCGAAGUGGGCUACUACUACGCUCUGGGCUAUCCGGCCGGAAGCGAAGUUGCAGGAUCCAGCCAGCUUCCAGAAACCAGUUCCAGCACCCGCAGGAAUUCACUCGAAUCUUAUCAAGCCAGCAGCCAGGAGGUGAUGAGCAGUGAGACGGGAUCUUCAUCGGAAAACAGCAGCCCUUGCCAGAGUACCGGGCCGUCUUCGCAGGGACCCGCCUCCCCGCAGGGGGAGCUCGUCUCGCCCGCCAUCGACCCCAAGGCUCAAACGGGCGGAGGGGCGGCUACAGCCGCCGCUGCCGCUGCCGUUGUCAUGGAUAUGACGAUGAUGUCGAACCAUCAACAACUUGACAACAAUCUCCAUCAUCAAACUCGCAAAAUGACUGUCGCCGGAUUUGUGUAUCCGUAUGCCGCUUACGGCCUUGCCCCACCUGCCCUCUACGCUUCCGGCGGCGGCAGCUCGGAACAACUUUGCGAUCCGAAUAAACAACAGCUCUACUAUUACUACCCCGACGUCUUCUUCCCCAACGCGUACGAGCCGUACGACGUGGAACAAGGUGGUGAGGAGGAAUUUGAGGCGUUGGAAGAAGCCAUGGAUGUGAAUGCCGACGUUGUCGUAACGACAUCCGUUGAAGAAGAGAAGCUGACCGAGUCCAUUGAACUGGAUGGCGCUAAGCCGGACGAGAGUGGCGAACAGCUGGAAGGCAGCGAAUCGAACAAGAAAGCGCUGGAACCGAAGGGAACACGAGACGUGGCCCCACCGACGGCUGUUGCCAAUGCAAGCGCUGGAACGGGUCGGCGUAAGAAGAGGCGCAAGAAGCGGAAUAAGACCCAGACGACAAUGGCAGACGCGGUGGAACGUACGGAAUCGCUAAAACUAGCCCGGCCCAUUCAGCCGUUAGUCAGGGUUACUGAUGACGGAGCGGCCGAAGACGAGGAAGAGGAUGAAGCUGCGACGGCUGAAGAGGAAACGCUAGUGACGGCCGUGAAAGAAGAAAACGACGCAAAAAAGGAGGAAAUGACUCUUCCGGCCGCCUCAAGUAUUAGUUUAGUUGCCAACGAUCCAGCCACUCCGACAGCCGAUUCGUCGUCUCAUGAUCUUUUGCUCGUUGAAGAGGCCGUUUAUCCGCCCCACUCUAGUCGAGUCGAACCACCAACCCCACUGUUAUCAUCCCCAUCCCACACUGAAGAUUCCGGCCAACAGCCGCAAUCGACUCCCGACUUAGCCUCUUCCAAUGCGCCUUCCGACGACCAACUUGCGCCCGACACAAUAAGUAACACCACCGAUGACGCUAUUUUCCCGCCUCUCGCCGCUCGCGAUCAAGAGCCAUCCGGCCGAGAAGAUUGUCCUUCUUUUGAAGCCGAUCCUGCCGAGACGCUCGAGUCACCAGCAUUUUGUUCGACGCCAUCUUUCCCUUUGUUUUCGACGCCUUUAGCGUCUACAAUUGCCAGUGAAGUCGUCCCUCCCGAAGAGAAAGAAGAAUCGAGUCCAAAGGACACCGAUGCGGCCGUUUUGUUUGCCGUUCAACUUUUGUCGCAACUCUUGCCCGCAUCCAGCGACUCGGGUCGAAUCCAAUCGACUCCGAGCAGCAGGACGGACUCUUUCGAGCGAGACAGUUUGAUGGGCGUCAGCGACAAAGUUGAAGAGCCUAUCGAUCGUGACUCGUUGGAUGGCGAAGAGCCGCAAGCUUCGCUGUGCGAUGAUUUCGUUUACCUCCAAAUGGAUGACGACGACGACAAAGAACGAAGUGGCGACGUCUAUUUCGAAGACGACGAGCCGCAAGCAAUCGUUUUGUGCGGCGACGAUCCUCCGCCAGCGUUGACGCUCUGCUUGGAACAGCCGCAACUCUGGAGGACAGUUAUCUUGGAAGAAAGCGAACCGAAUUCGAAAGAGACGAGUCCCCUUUUGUGCUCUGAUUCGGGAAUCGGAGCCGGAACGCCAUCGCAAUCGCCUACACCGAACGCGGUCGAAACGCCGAAUGAAGAGGAGGCGCCGGCCGUUGGAGGGCCCAUCACGAAGGCCGUCAGCCGAUGGCUGGAAUCGGCCCCCAUCGAGCAGCAAUUGAUUGCCUCGUCCAACUCGGUCAUGUUCAUGGACAACGAAGGAGACUCUGAAGACGACGACAUCUAUUACCACCAUCAGGAGGUGGAAGAAGAAGAAGAAGUGGAAGCGUUGAACAAAGUGACCGUUCCAAAAAACGGGGUGGCGACCCUUCGUACUGCACCAUCCAGUGAUGGGCCAGCAAUGCGAAGGGUCGGUUCCGAUUCCGCCGUGGCUUCCGAUGCGUCCGACGAUCUUCUACAAGAAGCUGGCGCUCAGCUUCUGACUCGGACUUGCGAUCCGGCCAAGUUUUCCGUUUACUAUCAGCUGGGCGUGUCUGUCGAUCAGGACGAUUCAGGCGCUGACUCGGUUGUUCAGCACAGCGAUUCGAUCAAAUCGACAACGCUGGACGACUCGUUCCGCCAGUGUAGUCGAAGUAAUAGCAGCAGCUCGUUACUGACGACCGGCUCCUCGUUGAAGAGUCGAAAGAAGAAGACGUCAGCACAAUCGGAGGACGGUGGCGCUAAGAAGAAGAAGAAGAAACGAGCCAAUUCGUGGCGUCGCAUUUUGCUCCUACACCGGGCCGCGCAUAACAAAUCGAGGAGCGGCGAUGAUGCGGCCUCUAUAUCAUCAACUUCUAAUGAUAGACGUCUGAAAUCCGUAAGUCAAUCGUGCUGUGCGCUUCAGUGAAAUCGAAACAAACUUUGACCCAACAGAAACAUUUUUUUUUUUUUAUCUUUGAAUUUUUUUGGUUUUUUUGUCGUAACAUUUUGUUUUUGAAUUUUUUGUUUUUGGUUUUUGUUUACUACAUAGCAGUGAAGUUGUGUGCAGUUCGAGCUGAAAAAGUGCGUGCGCAGCUACACAAACAAAAAAAAAAACAAAUGGGCGGAAGUGACGCAAGUGCGAUGGGCUGCUAAGCUUCCAGGUUUUGUUUGGUGGCGUGUUUCAUAGCUGGAAGUUAUCAAAGAAAAAGAAAUUUUAUUUUAUUAUUUUUUUUUAUUGAUUGAGUUUUAAGAAAUGGCGAAAAGAAAAGAAGAUAGAAAGAGAGAGAGAAAAUGGAAAUAUGAAAAAUGAUCGUUUGUGAUACGCCGUUUCUUCAUCAAAUUUAAGUGCGGAAAUGCGAUGUGCACCUUUAAUUACUAUAAUUUUUUUUUCUUCUUCUUCUUGUCCUAUUCAUUUCCCGACCCCCUCUAACGAGAUGUGUUACAAUCUCGCAUGUUUUGUUGGUUUAAAACAAUAAUAAUUUGAUCCCUUUUUCUUUUCUUAUUUUGUGUUGCAAUUAACGGGGAUCGACAAUUUUCAACACACACUUUUGAGAAUUAGCAUUUAUUAUGAUUUUUAAAAUUUAAUUUCUUUCUUUGCUUGGGGGUAAAUUUGAAAAAAAAAAAAGACAAAAUCUGCCAUAUCUAAAAUUUGUGUUUUGAUGUCUGCUAUUUCUUUUACGGGGGCGCUUGAAAUAUCUACACACUAGGAAUGUCAUUUGAAAUGAAGAAUUUAAUAUUUCCAGUGUGUGAGCGUAUAAGAUGACUCUCAAAAUUAAGGAAAAGAAUGCCAUCUACCGACAAAACAAAUAACUGCCCUGUAAUUUUUCUCGCCCAUAACUAUAUGCUGCCCUGAAUUUACGUGUUUCAAAUGUUUUCUUAUUUCACUGCCUAUAUAUUUGGAUUUGUUGGGUUCCCGUUUUUCCCUUUCCCCUAUUUGUCUUUUCUAUCAGACUGGCCCCCCCUGUAUGUUUUGGCUCGAUGAUUUAUACCGAAAUAUCCCCAAAUCAUAAUCAUUAUUUUUUUUUUCCGGAUAGGCGACAACUACAAAGGAAAAGAAUGCAAACAAACUAACAAAAGCUUCUUUUUAAAAAUUACGAGAGCCCUGUGCCUUACGCAAAAAAAAAAAGAAAUAAAAAGACAUCCAUUCGUGUGUCUGUAGGGUAAUCAAAGACUACGAAUAUCGAUUUAGAUAGGAAAAAAAGGAAGGUGACUGGAGAGGCUAAUGAAUUAUUGCAGCGAACACAAAAAAAAAAAAUCCCCUUUUUUUUUUUGUUGUUGUUAAAAGGCACACACCCACCAACACACACAUACACGUCAUUAAUCAUAAAAACAACGAAAAUACGGUUAUUAUUGCAACCCAUCCUUGUUCGUGUUACGUAACCUAUGGUCCUGGAUCUUCCCUUUUUUUUUUCUUUAUUGUUGCUGUUCCUUCUAUAGAAUACCCUUGACACGGGCAUACACACCUACACCACUAUACAAUGUAUUGUAUCUCUCGGGUGUUACGUGUUUAUUGAUAUGUAAUGAUUUGAUUUAUUAUCUGAAUGUGUGUGCUAUGUGGCCGUUCCUCUGGAAACCUUUUAUUUUCAUGGUUGUUACCACUCGCCUCCCCAACCUUCUCAAUUGAAAACAAAUCCUAUCGUUUUCUCUGCUCUAUACCCACACACACACACACACCACUGAAAUCUACCAUUUUUGUUAUUAUUAUUGCAGCUUUUCAUCAUUAAAAAAAAAAAAAUUUGUUAAUUUCUUCGUCAUAAAUAAUUUCGUGUCUUGGCAUUUCUUUUUUUGGUUGUCUUUUUCAUCGUUCUUUGUUUACUUCUUCUAAUAUUCAGUACUUUAUGUGCGCUACUAUGUGACACUAUAUACAUAUAUACUUGUCUUUUCUGUUUGACGUGUCCCCCCUCGACCGCCAUUGUGACAUUUUGAGUAAAAAAAAAAAAACAAACAAAAAAGAGAGCAGUUUGUUUCACGUUCUUCCACGGAAGUCAGACGAAUGGCCUGCUCUCGUCCUCGAUUGCCAGAUAAAACUCGAAGUGCGCUAUAUAAUAAAUAAAAAGAGAGACGUUUUGAAACCCACACACACAAUAUAUACGUCAGGCUGUCAAAUAAGCAAUAACGAUUAAAAAGCAAAAAAAAAAAAAAAAUAAAAUAAAUAAAUAAAAUAACAAAUCCCCAUUUUGUUUCUCUUUAAAACACAAUAAAAAUAUAUUUGUAUAUGUGUGUGUGUGUGUGGGCUAGUGUGUUUGUGUCACAGCAUCGUACAUAAAGUGUUGUGCCAUUUCACAUGAAAGACAUAAAACAUUUUUGUUUUAAUUCACCAACACCUCGCUCGCCCAAAAUGCUGCUGCUGCUGCUACCUCUUGUAUCUCUGUGUCACCCCUUCCCUCCUAAAAUCAAGCCCCCCACUCUCGGAAAGUAUUUGGCCAUAUCUCUCUUCCCUUUUCACUCGCCAUAUUUUUUUGUCACAUCUAUUUUUACUUUGUGUGUUCUCCGCUGCUCCCCGAUGUCGUUUUCAGCCGUUCAAUACGCUACUUAAAUCAUAUUCAACUGUGAAAGGGUUUCAUCUUUUCGAAGAAAACGGAGAACAUUUGAUUGUCGAUGGAUACAGCAAAAAAAAAAAAAGGAAAAACAGACAAUAUCAAUAAGAUAUUUAUUGGCGUUGCUUCUCCUCAAUUUUUUUCUUCUUCUUCCUUCUUGGUUCGUUCAAUCGACGGCAAGUUCAAAUUUUCUAACGUAUCUCUAUAUACUGUUGAAUUACGGAAACUUAAAGGGGGGAAAAAGCUGCCAGUACUAAAUCUCUUGUUUACCCUUUCCUCCAGCUAUAUCGCUACAAUCUUCUUUUCACCACCCCUUCAUCACCUGCCUGUAUUGCGGAGAAGAAAAAAACAAAAACAAAAGCAACUCAGCUCCACCCUCCUAUCCCUCCUGAAGAAAACAAAUGUGUUAAAUGUAUUACCAUCAGCCACAUGCAUGUUCUUAUUCACCCACGAUCUUUUACUAUAUUAUCAUGAGUCAUUACUUUUUUUUAUUUCUUACAAAAUGGCGAGUA